UUCUGUUAUGACUACCAAGAAGAUUUUGUUUCUAUUAUGGUUUAAAUAACAACAAUAAUUUAAGUUUACUUUAAAAAUGAGCCAUUUGAGCAAUUCGCUAUAAACAAUUAAAUACAUUCUUUAAACCAGUGGAUUGUCUUUGGAUCAAGACUGUUUUAUUCUUCACUAUAUAUUAUCAUGAGUGUGGUCGAAGAUAAGGAAAAAUUAUAUCCUGAAUGUUAUUUUGAAUCUAAAGAGAAUAUCAAAAAAAAAUUACCAGGAAACAUUUUUAAUGAAAUCUUUGAUGAAAUAAGCAAUGAUUUAAAAAUUAAUGAACUCAUUAAAAUAAAUGACAAAAAUGUUUAUUUAGACAAUGCUGCAUUUGGCCGUGCAUAUAAUGAUGUAGUUUCUUUAAGUCUGCAACUAAAAAGUUUUGCUGAGGAGAAUCCAGAUAUUUUUUAUGAUCAACUCUGUGUGCCAUUAACUGACUACACUUACCAAGUCCUCUCCGAGUUCUUUAACAGUGAAAACGUUCUUUUGGUGCCAAAUUGCACAUUUGGAAUGAACGCUGUUCAAGAGUACUUGAUACGAGAGAAAAGGUAUUCAACGGUGGCUCUACUGAAUCCACUAUACAAGGCAACCCGGGCACAGUUAGAAACAUUACAACAUGACAAUUUAAUAAAUAAAAUUGUACACAUCUCACCUGGUACAAACGCUUUAUUUGAAGAAGAUGCUAAUGUUAUUUUAAGUUCUAUUACAAAAAAGUAUAACAAAUGUAAAUUUGAAGUGUUAUUUUGUGAUGCAGUUGCUAGUGAAAGUGGCAGAGUAUUGCCUUUAAAGGAAAUUUGCGAAUUUUGUGAGACAAAAAAAAUAAUUUUAGUUGUUGAUGGAACCCAGUGCUGCGAACUUCUUUUAGAGGAAAAUAUAAAUAUACUUCAACAUGUUGACUACUUUGUUAUGAGUACACACAAAUGGAUAGGCAAUGUUAAAACUUGUGGUGUAAUUCGUUUUAAAACUAUUGAAGCUUGUCCGAGGCCUCCAGCAAUAUCAUACGGAUGGAACAACUCCAAAAGAAAAACAUAUGCUCAAAUUAAAGCAGGGUACAUGUGGUUAGGGAUGUUGGAUACAUACAUCUCAUAUAUAACAUUGUCUAAAGCAUUAAAAAUUUUUAAAAAAUAUGGCAAAGCUCAACUGCAGUACGCUGCAAGCCUUUUAGACAACGGAUUGUUAAACACUUUAUGUGUAAAACCUUUGCUGCCCAAAACAAGAGCGCAAAGAGUUAUAAAUACUUUUGAGUUAACAAGUUGUCAGUUUUGUUUAAUAAAAAACUUAAAGGAAUCACAAGAAGCAUUUCAAGAUUUUGGAGUGUUUGUUUCUAUUAAGUCCACUGAGCCAGACUGCUUCUUACAUGAAUCUAAAGAUUCCAUUAAAGAUGAUGAUAACAAAAAAGUUUCAAACAAUAAAGAGAGUGUUUUUAAGCAUAAAAAACUUUUAUGUAACGGAAAUAACAACUACAAUGAUUCUGAAGAACAAAUGUUGCAAAAUUUUGAGUUUACAAAUUACCAUUUGAAAUUCGUUAGAGUAUCUUGUUGGACAUACAACACUUCAAACAAUUUUGAAUUAUUUGCCAAUAUAUUUAAGAACAGUUUAUCUUUGACUAAAACAAAAGAUAGCGGAAUACGACGGCAAUUUUUGCACACCUUUGAUCUUUAUGAGAAAUUAUUCUCAGUUUUAAAACCGGAAGCUUUUUUUGUUCGAGCCGAACCUCUUCGUCAUCAUCUUAUCUUUUACUUUGCCCACACUGCAGUAUUCUAUAUAAACAAGCUGGUAGUAAGUGGCUAUUUGGAUUCUAAAAUGAGAAUAGAUCCAAUAAUUGAAUCUAUAAUGUCUGUGGGAGUUGACGAAAUGUCUUGGGACGAUUGGCGUGAAGAUAACUACGUUUGGUCCACGUAUUCAAAGGAAAAAAAAGUUCAAUAUAUAGAAGAAAUUAAAAGUUAUCGCAUCCAGGUUAAAAAACUAAUUUUACAGCUGCUUGAUUCUCACCCAAUAACUUUACCGAUUAACUCAAGAAGUUUUCAUUGGGUAAUUUUAAUGGGAAUUGAACAUGAAAAUGUUCAUCUUGAAACAAGCGCUGUGAUUAUUUCUCAAGUUCCGCCAUCUUUAAUUAAAAAAAGACAUAAUUUUAACUUUCCAACAUACUACUCAAAAAAAAGCUCGAAUAAUGGAUCAUCAUUUUUGUCUUGCAAAAAUAUUUUAGUUGAGAUUCCUGGUGGUAAAAUAUUUAUGGGAAAAGACAACUUGGAAAGUGAUAUCUAUGGAUGGGAUAAUGAGUAUGGAUCCGAGGAAAAGUUAUUGCUACCUUUUAAAGCCAGUAAAAUGCUUGUCUCUAAUGCAGAAUAUUUAGAGUUUGUUGAAGCUGGUGGGUAUACAGAGUUUGGUAAAAAAUGGUGGUCAACUGAAGGAUGGAGUUAUGUCAGUGAUUUAAAAGUUACAAUGCCACGAUUUUGGGUGAAUAAAAAUACUUACAGGUCUCUUUUAAAAGAAAUUCCAAUGCCAUGGGAUUUUCCAGUUGAAGUAAAUAAUCUAGAAGCAGAAGCAUUUUGUCGGUGGAAAAGUGAAACAAGUGGCAUUGAGGUACGGCUUAUAUCUAUGGAAGAAUCGUUUCACAUGAGAACUCUGGUACAAAACGAAACAUUAAACACAAAUAUAAAUAAAUACGCAUCACCGACACCGGUUAAUCUAUUUGGUGGAUUAAUAGGGGGACAAAUGGUUUACGAUGUCUCUGGAAACGUCUGGCGUCAUAGUUGUUCUAUUCUAACAAUAAUGAAUGGUUUUAAAAUUGAUCCGCUUUACGAAGAUUAUACUAUACCUCUUUUAGAUGGAUUUCACAAUCUUCUUUUAGGUGGAUCUUGGAUUUCAGUCGGAAAUUCAGCAAAUAUGAAUACAAGAUAUGCUUUUCGAAGACAUUUUUAUCAGUACGCUGGUAUAAGAUACGUAAAAAGUGAAAAUGAUUUCAAUAAAAGAGUACAUAAAAUGUUUUCAAAUCUGGCCGUUGGAGAAAAAUUGACCGAACAUUAUACUAACUUCAUUGCAGAAACUUUUGUAGAAAAAAAACCUGUUUCAAAUUGGCCUUUAACAAUCGGAAACAAAGCUGUGGAGCUAAUUAAUGAAUAUCAAAAUUUUGAUACAGAAAGAAAACUCAAAGUAAUGAUUGUUAACGGAGGUGCUGGGCGUGCUGCAUUGGAAAUACUAAGAAAAUGUAGUAACCUAGAAAUUGAGUUUACGGGAUAAACUGCAAACAAUCUGCAACUUUUAAAGAGUCUUUUAGAGGAGUCAUCAAUAAGUUGGCUUCAGAAAGUUGAGGGAGAGAUAGCAGAGUCAACAUCAUUUUAUCUUAAACCUGAAGAAAGUAAAGAAAAUCUUUUAGAGAAAAAAAA